AAACAGACAUAUCGCCUAUACGAAUCCAGACUGCUUUUACAUACCUAGAUAAAGAUAGACAAGUUGGACAGAAGCAAAAUUUUGAAUGGUAAUGGUGAUAGGCGGCAGAAUAUCUUGUAUAAGCAAGUCCAACUAAGUUCCAUUUUAUUGCAUAAUAGUAAUAUGCGACCAUUGAAUAGUUUCAUCAAGCAAUCAGAAAUAUAUCAAAGACCAGUACUACAAAUAUCAAAGAGACUGAAGUUAGGUUUAGAAAAGAUUUUUGGUGACUACCUUGAAUUAUACUCAAGUUACAUCGGACAGAGUAUGAUAAUGGAGACAACUAAAACAUCUGAUCAAGUUUUAAGAACAGGGAAAACAAGGAGUGCUUUUAACGAUUAUAUUAGGAUAAAAAGUAUCAAAAAUCGAUCGAAGGAAAUCAGAAAGUUAUUUGUUUCCUCAAACCCAAACCUAUUUGAACAGCUUACGGCAAACUUUGACAUGGACGAUUUUUUUGUGUCGAAUGACAAAUUUUCUGCUUCGGAUAGCGAGGGAUUUACAACAUGCCAUCCAGGUUACAUGCAUUUUUUUAUGAUCACAUAUCUGCACUGUCUCCACAAGAAAAUAGAGGAAAAAUUAAAAAGUAUUGUAGGAACGAAUUGGCGAGCCAACAACAUUUGGUAUGGUGUGUCUAUUGACAAAAAGCUACUGGAUACUGUAUUCGGCUCAAUGAAAAAUUUGGAAAAAUUAUUCUUUGCAAGUGGAAUACUUGGGAAGGACGACGAACUUCGAAAAGCAAAAUUCUGUACCCGUGGUGAAGAAAUUCUACCCGCUAUCCAACACAAGUAUCAACAUUUGGAAUUUGGGUUGAAAUCACACUUUGUUGUUGCACAGAUACAUUCAAAGCAUAUUCAACUCAGUUUGCAUCAAGUUGUUAAACUGGAAUCACCCGGAGAAGAUCCAGCGUCCAUCAUUAUUCAGGAUGAAAUGAUACAUAUCAAUGAUGUAUAUGAUGCACUCUGUAAGAGUAUUAUGAAAAGCCUACAAGUCAAUUGUCAAUUCAAUUACUGUACCACGCACAAGAGUGAGGAAGAUGUGCAAUAUGAUUUCCAAUCACUUGAGAUAUAUAACAAUACUUAUCGAAAUUUAAAACCAUGCGUUGUUGAACUUUUCGAAAAAAACAAGUCAAAUUUGAACAUGGAUUCCAAAAUACAGCUGAAUAUCAACACGAAAUGCGAUUGCUGUAUCAGUAUUUCUCUUCGUGAAAUUAUUGAAGUAUGUCUCAUGUCAGUGAUAGAAAGUAUAUCAGGAGAUAUAACGGCAUCUUUGACCAACAAAAAACUAUUUGGAAACUAUGUACCGAAAUAUAUUUUCGUGUUUGGUGAUCCGUUCAAUCUGGGGCAGGGUUCAAAGAUCCACAUCGCAUACACCAUGAUUAUGCAAAAAGCGAUUGAUGACGGUGUAUAUAUGAAAGAAAAAGAUACAAAGACAUUUGUACUAAGAAAAUCUAUUUUCCAAUUACUGGAGACGUUUUUAUCUGGAAAAAAGCCUUACAUGUUUGAAAGGUUUGUCACUGGGACUUUGUGCCAAGUAUCUAGCAAUACAUACGGGAUGCGGAUUACAAAUUUAAGCCGUUCGGUCUCUUUCACCCGAAUAAACAGUGAUGGUGAUAUCAAAAAUACUAUGGGAUAUGUUGAUUAUUAUUUGGUAUUUAUUCAGAAAGGGAAGCCAGUUCCAACAAGAGAGCUUAUAAUUCAAAUCAAUAAACCAAAUAAUAUCAAAUUAGAAAUUCUUCAAUUAGAUAGUUCAACCAGUACUGUUCCGGACAAGUAUACUCUAUUGCACGGUCGCACUCGUGGUGUUACUCAUGAAAUAGACUCCAGACGUUUGACGGAUAUUUAUAUUAAUACAUUUGUGAUAGAAUAUGAGCAGAUUAGCAAUAAUUUAUCUAUCAAAUCAUCAAGAGGAUGUAUGGGCAGAAUUAGUAACUAUAUUAGUAAACCUUAUUACUUAACCGUAAAUAUCAUGGAGCCAUUGACACUUGCUUAUAUUUAACGUAUCACUGCUCCAAUAAAAUUAUAUAUUACAUACAACUGAUUUAAACCAUCUCUUAUUUGCGUC